AUGAGAGAUGAUGCUUCUACAUUUAGAAUUAACAAGUAUGAAGAUGAACACACCUGUGGAAUUAUAUGGGAGAACAGGCUGCUAGAUUCUGAUUGGAUUGCAAAGGAAUUAUUAGACAAGUUUAGAUUGAAUCUGAGCAUGUCAUUGGGUGAUUUCAAAAAGGCAAAUUCAGAUAAUAAGUAUUCCAAAGUCUCCCCUUGGACUUUUUAUAGAUCUAAGAAUAAUAAGUAUUCACAAGGAACUGUGAGAGAUCAGUAUGCAAUCCUUGAUGAUUAUUGUACACAACUAGUGAGACUUAAUCUUAGAAAUACAACUUUGAUCAAAUCAAAUUUAGUGGAUGACAAAAGGGUUUUUGAAAGGGUUUACAUCUGCCUUGCAGCUUGUAAAGCUGGCUUCAAGUUUUGCAGACCAAUUAUUGGGCUAGAUGGGUGCUUCUUGAAAGGCUAUUGCAGAGGUAUGCUGCUUGUAGCAAUUGGAAUUGAUGCUAACAACAGCAUGUUUCCUAUUGCUUUUGCUGUAACUGAAAAAGAAAACAUUGACAGUUGGACAUGGUUUGCUGAACUACUAAAAGAGGACUUAGAUAUGGAGGACACUGCAAAACUCACCUUUACUUCAGAUAAACAAAAGGGAUUGGAAAGGGCUGUGGGGACAGUGUAUGAAGGAUCUGAGGUUCGAUUUUGUGUUAGGCAUCUUUAUGCCAACUUCAAGAAGGAGUUUCCAGGAUUAUUGUUGAAGCAAAAACUAUGGGCUUGGGCUAGGGCAACUACUGUUGAGGAAUUCAAGAGAAAGUUGGAUGUGUUAAAAGGGAUUAAUGAAAAAGCUUUUGGUUGGCUAUCCAAAAAAUCACCAACAGAGUGGACCAAAUCCCACUUCAGGACUUCUGUUCAGUGUGACAUGUUGUUGAAUAAUUUGUGUGAGAGUUUCAAUUUAGCAAUCUUAGAUGGUAGAGACAAGCCAAUCAUCACAUUGUUAGAAGAAAGUGUGAGUAAGUGGAACAAUCCAGUGGGGAAAAGGAUCUUUGACAUCCUAGAGAAGAACAAGAAAUUGGCACUGAAAUGCCAAUGCACCAAGUCUGUUGGUGGAUUAUUCCAGGUCACAGCCCCUUCUGGUGAGGUGGUAGCAACUAAUUUGGAGAAGAACACAUGCUCUUGCAGAUCAUUUGACCUCACAUGUAUCCCAUGUGGUCAUGCAAUAGCAUGCAUAUGGUAUUCAAGGCUUCAGAUUUAUGGUUUUGUUGCUGCAUGUUACAAGAAGGAAGCCUUCAUAGGCACUUAUGCAAGGGCAAUUGCACCUAUGCCUAGUCCUGAACACUGGCUUGAUAAAGGAAAAAAUCCAAUCCUUCCACCACCAGUAACUGUUUUACCUGGUAGGCCCAAGAAAUUUAGAAAAAGAGAAGUGGAUGAACCUCCACCUGGUGCAACUAAAAUGAGGAGAUUUGGGCAGUCCAACAACUGCUCUAAUUGUAAACAGCCUGGACAUACAAAGAAAACUUGCCCCAAACCAGUACAAGAACAAGAACCUCCACAGAAGAAAAAGAUGGGUCGUCCUCCCAAAAAGAAUUUAGACCUUAAAACUGUAAAGAGAAACAUUAGGAGAAUGAAGCAAAAGGGUUUUUUGUAUGCUGCAGCAUGUUUUUUGUUGAAUUGUGCAAGGAUUCUUGUACUUAUGCAACUACAUUUUGCUGAUAAAAUAAGGACAAAUCUGAGAAGGCAAUAA